UUACAUUUACCUAAGACUCUCUGUUAUCAUGGCUCGUACUAAGCAGACCGCUCGUAAAUCCACUGGAGGCAAAGCCCCGAGGAAGCAGCUCGCCACCAAGGCUGCCCGCAAAAGCGCCCCGGCCACCGGCGGUGUGAAGAAGCCUCAUCGUUACAGGCCCGGUACCGUUGCUCUGCGUGAGAUCCGUCGUUAUCAGAAAUCCACGGAGCUUCUCAUCCGUAAGCUGCCUUUCCAGCGGCUGGUCAGAGAGAUCGCUCAG